UUGUAGGUAUUACACGACUCGGCUAUGGAUCGGGACACCUCCGCAGAGAUUUGCUCUUAUAGUUGACACGGGAAGUACAGUUACUUAUGUUCCAUGUGCUACCUGCGAACUGUGUGGCAAGCAUCAGGAUCCAAGGUUUCAGCCAGAACUGUCAAGCACCUACCAACCUGUGAAGUGCAAUAUUGAUUGCAGCUGUGAUAAUGAUAGAGAGCAAUGUACAUAUGAGAGGCAAUAUGCUGAAAUGAGUUCUAGCAGUGGAGUGUUGGGUGAGGACAUUGUGUCCUUCGGCAACCAAAGUGAACUCCCACCCCAACGAGCUGUUUUUGGCUGUGAAAAUAUGGAAACAGGUGACCUUUACAGUCAACAUGCUGAUGGCAUUAUGGGUCUGGGUCAUGGAGAUCUUAGUAUUGUGGAUCAGCUUGUUGAUAAAGGUGUUAUUAGUGACUCAUUUUCCCUGUGCUAUGGUGGUAUGGAUGUGGGUGGUGGAGCAAUGGUUCUUGGUGGAAUUAUACCUCCCAGUGACAUGGUUUUUGCCCGUUCAGAUCCUGAUCGCAGUCCAUAUUACAAUAUUGAUCUGAAGGAGAUACAUGUUGCUGGUAAGGCGCUUCCUUUGAGUCCUAAGGUUUUUGAUGGUAAACAUGGUACCGUUCUUGAUAGUGGUACAACUUAUGCAUACCUGCCUGAAUCGGCAUUUGCUGCAUUUAAAGAUGCCAUAAUGAAGUCAGUCCACUCCCUCAAACAGAUCAAAGGUCCUGAUCCAAAUUACAAUGAUAUCUGCUUUUCUGGUUCUUCUAGUGAUAGUUCACAACUCUCAAAAACCUUUCCAUCUGUUGACAUGGUAUUUAACAAUGGACAGAAACUAUCAAUGUCUCCUGAAAAUUACUUGUUCAGGCACUCCAAGGUGCGUGGUGCAUAUUGCCUUGGAGUUUUCCAAAAUGGGAAGGAUCCGACCACUCUUCUCGGAGGAAUAGUUGUUCGCAAUACUCUAGUAACAUAUGAUCGUGAACAUGAGAAGAUUGGUUUCUGGAAGACCGAUUGUUCCAAGAUAUGGGAGAGACUUCACAUAUCCACUUCACCUGCUCCGCUGCCUACAAUCUCAAAUACGACAAACACUACUACAGAUAUGGCUCCUAGAUUGGCUCCAAGGGAACCGCCACGAUAUGAUAUUCCAGGGGUGAUUAAAAUAGGACUCAUUACAUUUUAUAUGUCAUUGAGUGUGAAAUACUCAGACUUGAAGCCUCACAUCUCAGAGCUUGCCAAGUUCAUUUCAGAGGAGCUGGCUGUUAAUGUUUCUCAGGUUCGCUUGAUGAAUUUCACGUCUAAAGGGAACGAUAGCCUCAUUAGAUGGGGGAUUUUCCCACCUCAAUCUGAUGAUUACAUUGCUAAUGCGAGUGCAAUGGAUAUUAUUGCCAGGUUGAAUGAAAAUCGUGUGCAUCUUCCUGAUAGCUUUGGAAGUUACAAAUUGUUUAAAUGGAAAAUUGAGCCCCCACCAGAGAGGACAUGGUGGCAGCAACAUUCGGUGACUAUAGUUUCAACAUCCGUUGUUUUGAUAGUAUUAGGAUUAUUGGCUUCUGGGCUAUGGUUUCUUUGGAGGAGAAGGGAACAAUCUUUAGUUACAUACAAGCCUGUUGAUUCUGCUGUUCCCGAGCAAGAACUCCAACCGAUAUAAUAAAAACCAAUGCUAGUUAAGAUGGUUUUAGGCAAAAGUAUAGUAAUAUGCUAUGGGAUAUCGCACUGGUUUGAUCGGAGUACAAAAAGAAUCGUACUGAGCAUUAGGUUUUCCAGUGUCUUAAAGUUUAUCCAAGUUCCGUUACAAAUGUGAAUAGGUGACAGUUUUUGUUUGAGCAUAACCAAUUUAUAUGGAUAUGUCUUAUGUGAAUACAUCUGUCAUCUAAUCAAUAGAUUUGCCUACAGCUGAUAUCCCAUUUUGUUUUCACAA